AUGUUCCGAAUCCUCGAAUCACAGGCGCCGGCCAAACAAACGGCAACGGACACUAUCAAUACUCUCAGUAGUAGACUCCAGAGUGCGACUUUAUUGGAGGACCGACGUGCAGCUAUCCAAGGACUAAGGAGCUUCUCGAAAAUUUAUCCCGCCUCAGUUGCAUCCGGAGCGCUGCGACCGUUGAUCAGCAGCUUGCGAAAUGAUCGAGAAGAUGUGGACACAAUCAAGGUGGUCCUGGAGACCUUGUUGAUGCUAUUCUCUCCGGACGAGAGCAGUCCCGAAGCGUCUGACGAAAUUGCUCUCUGGCUUGCGGAUGAAUUUACGCAGCGACAAGACAAUAUCACCGCACUUCUAGAUCUGCUUGAUACCCGGGAUUUCUACUCCCGGCUAUACUCGUUACAAUUGAUGUUCCAGAUAUCCAGUGCUCGCCCAGAAAGAACGCAAGAAUGCAUACUCACAGCUCCGCUCGGUAUUCCCAGGCUUGUCGGUGCAAUGGGAGAUAGUAGAGAGCCGAUUCGCAACGAAGCGCUACUCCUUCUCAUUGCCUUGACGCCUGCCUCCGAGGAAUUCCAGAAACUCGUUGCCUUUGAAAAUGCGUUUGAUGUGACCUUAUCCCUAAUCGAGAACGAAGGUGGCUUGACACAUGGAUUGGAGGUUGUGGAAGAUUGCUUGUCACUACUGGCCAAUCUUCUACGGCUUAAUGUAUCGAACCAGUCCCACUUCCGGGAAACUGGCUGCAUAAAGAGAUUGGCAAAGUUGCUUGCCGAUGUGAACAAGGAUGAGGACUCAACUGAGGAUGCUGCCCAGUGGGCGCAUGCUCAGCGCGAUAAAAACAUCUGGGGCUUGUUGGUCAUUAUCCAGCUCUUCCUUGUGAAGGGUGGGGUUAACACUCCUGCCAACCAGACGGCAUUCUGGAACAAUGGGGUAAUGGAGCAAGUUUUGAGCGCAGCUUUUGGUCAGAAGUUCAAUGUCAAUGUCACAUCUAAGGCGUUAGCGACGUGUGCCGACUUAAUCCGCGGAAACUCGUCACUGCAGGAAAGAUUCGCGGACAUUGAAGUCACAUGGGGUCGACAAUCUAACCGGGAUGAAGCGGCUAACGGCGAUAAAGCGCACCAUGGGGUUCAGCGUGUCAAUGUCAUUGAAGCUCUUCUCAAAUUGAGUCUUGAACCAGCUUCGAUUCAAGUAUUGGACGCCCGCCUUGCUGCUUGCGAAUGUAUCAAGGCAUUUUUCGCAAACCACGUGGGAAUCCGGGUUCAUGUGUUGAGGAGAGCCAUUGACGGACAUAUCAGCGGUCAAGAUCAGAUCCCGAAUAUCCUGUCCGUUUUGCUUGUGCCGCCAGAGGCUCGGGGAAAUGCCGAUCCGUAUCAGGUGUGGAUAGCCUCUGUCUUGAUGUUUCACUUGGUGUUCGACAAUGCCGAAGCGAAAGCAGUUGCCAUGGAGGUGACGGAGGGCGAUGCCGAAAGUGGCGAAGAGGUGAUUACCUGCAUCCAAACAAUAGUAGGAAAUCUGAUUACUGGGAUUCAAAGAGGCGAUGAUGAGCGCAUCACAAUAGGAUAUCUGAUGCUGCUUUGUGGAUGGCUUUUCGAGGAGCCAGACGCUGUCAAUGAUUUUCUCGGAGAGGGAAGCAGCAUCCAGACACUAUUGCAAGAGACCAAGCAUCGGGGCGUUUCCAAUGUACUCGUGUCUGGUCUGAGCACGAUUUUGCUGGGCAUUCUUUAUGAGUUCUCUACAAAAGACUCCCCUAUCCCCCGUGCUACCUUGUACAAAUUAUUGAUUGAACAAAUGGGAAGAGAGCAGUUCAUCGACAAGAUUACUCGGCUCCGAGAAUCGCCUCUAGUCAGGGACUUUGAAGUUUUACCACAGACCGUUGGAGGACUAUUCGACGCGGGUUUACCUGAAAUCUUCUUCGACAGGACCUUCAUCGAUUUCUUGAAAGAUAACUUUGGUCGACUAAUUCGUGCUAUUGAUCGCGAACCUGGCUUUGAAGUAUCAAUCAUCACGAAUGGCGUCCAGCGAGGAAUUUCACGCGAAUUGGUCGACUCGUUAAGGGCAGACUUGGAGGAGCGAAGUGAACUUGUGCAGAAGCUCGAAUCUGACAUCCUCAGUUUACGGAAUAAAUUUGAGCAAGAGCAGAUUGAGCAUAGGAAAACCAAGGAGUUGAGUAGCUCGGAAGCUUCCAAGAUUCAACAGAUCAACGCAUCACUUCAGCGACACCACGAGCAGGAGUUGUCAGCUUUAGAAGAACAACACCAACAUGCCAAGAAGGAAUUGUUGAAACAGCAUGGCGAACAACUUCGAGCUAUUGACAACCAAUUAAAAGAAUCGUCAGCCGAAUAUGAGAGACGGAGCCAGAAAAUGAAACAGCUUCAUGACGCCGAGGUUGCUGAUUUACACAAAAAAAUCCGAUCGCUGGAAUCGCAGCUUGCUCAUGUCAAAGAAGAGAAUUCAGGCCAUGUUGGUAAUCUUCAGACGACUAUUCAGUCUCUGAAAUCGGAAGCAGACCAGCUCAGAGAACGGCAUUCGGCUGAGGUCAGGGAACUUCAGAGUUUAAUUGAAAGUCUGCGAUCAGAACUAGAUGAAAGCAAGGCAAAGCAUGCUGAUCAUAUUUCUGAUCUGAAGACUGCGACUGAAAAUCUUCAGUCUGAACUUGCAACAGCCAGGAAAGAACAUGAGACUGAGGUUGCUGAUCUGAAAGCCAAGAAUGAAACUCUGCAAGCGGAGCAUAAUACAAAGAUUAGCGACGUUCAAGCAAAAGCUCAAUCCCUACAAUCAGAGCUUGAAUCUGCCAUGGAGAAGUCGAAGAAAGAUCUCCAAGUCUUACAUGACGACUACUCUUCCAAGUGCUCGAAACUGGAAAACCAGGCCGAGGACGCCAAGAGCAGGGUUAAGAAGGCCGAGGCAGAUGCGCACAAAUCCGAAGAAGCCCUCAGGGAACUUCAGGCGCAACUUGAAAAGGCCAGGGCAGAGGCGAAGGAGAAAGAGGAAGCUCGCAAGGCUGCACAGUCAGAGCUCGAAGAUCUUCUGAUAGUGUUCGGAGAUCUAGAGGCAAAGAGAAACCAAGACAAGAAACGUUUGAAAGACCUUGGACAGGAAGUAUCUGAGGCUGAGGAUGACGAAGAGGAAGAGGAGGAUGAGGACGAAGAAUGA